UACAGGAACGGCCAGUGCAGCGUCUAUUCAACUGCCGUGCCGAACAACACAAAACGAUUUAUUUGUGGAUACAUUUUACGAUUUACUGAGCAAAAAUGCCAGAAUUGGCGGUAGAAAGGGUCGUUGUUCAUCCCUUGGUGCUGCUGAGUGUUGUGGAUCAUUUUAACAGGAUUGGUAAAGUUGGCAGCCAGAAGCGAGUUGUGGGUGUUCUUCUGGGCUCAUGGCACAAGAAAGUGCUUGAUGUAUCCAACAGCUUCGCUGUGCCUUUUGAUGAGGAUGACAAGGAUGAUUCAGUGUGGUUCCUCGACCACGACUACCUGGAGAAUAUGUAUGGCAUGUUUAAGAAAGUCAAUGCAAGGGAGCGAAUAGUUGGGUGGUACCACACGGGCCCAAAACUGCACAAGAAUGAUAUUGCCAUAAAUGAACUCAUGAAACAGUACUGCGCUAAUUCGGUUUUAGUCAUCAUUGAUGUAAAACCCAAAGACCUGGGGUUGCCAACUGAGGCUUACAUCUCAGUGGAGGAAGUGCAUGAUGAUGGAACUCCUACAUCUAAAACAUUUGAACAUGUGACCAGUGAGAUUGGAGCUGAGGAGGCGGAGGAAGUGGGUGUGGAGCACUUGUUGAGGGACAUCAAGGACACAACAGUCGGAACCUUGUCGCAACGUAUCACCAAUCAAGUGCAUGGUUUAAAAGGGCUCAACUCCAAGCUGUUGGAUAUCAAGAGCUAUCUUGAGAAGGUUGCAACAGGCAAACUGCCCAUCAAUCACCAGAUUAUUUAUCAGCUACAGGAUGUGUUCAAUCUGCUGCCUGAUGUCAACCUGCAGGAGUUUGUCAAGGCCUUCUUCCUCAAGACCAAUGACCAGAUGCUUGUGGUCUAUUUGGCCUCACUUAUACGCUCUGUCGUGGCACUCCAUAAUCUCAUCAAUAACAAAAUCGCUAACCGUGAUGCCGAAAAGAAAGAGGGCCAGGAGAAAGAAGACAGCAAAAAAGAGAAGAAGGAAGAGAAGGAUAAAGAUAAGGACAAAGACAAGGAGAAGGGAGAUGCUACAGCCAAGAAAGAUGACAAAAAGGAAAAGAAAUGAACCUGAACUGGCAUGAACUUGGGCUUACACAAUUCUGGCUGAAUAAGGGAGGAAUUCUGUGUUUCUUCUCUCUUCUUGUAACAAUCUGCAGGUUUAAUUGGGCAAUUGUAUCUGUCUUUUUUUUUUAUAUAAAGGACUUAUCAUUUUCUGUUUGGAUUAAAAGAAAGAACUUCCGUUGAACCAUUUUGAUAUUCCAGUCCAGAAGAAGGUUGAUUCACCCACUUAUAUCUACAUUAUAGUACCGUUAUAAGUCUAUCAAAUUAUAAAGACAGGUCACCAGUGUGACAGCAAUGUCCAACUGCAGCUGUCAUUUUAUUUACAUGUAAGAAAUUCCUUUUUUUAUCAUUAUAAAAAGCAAUGUUAAACAAGCUUGUUGUGGGGUGUAACAUGUUUUAUGUUCACAAUAUGCUUAAAGCAAAGCGUAUAGUACAAGUUCACAAAGAGCGAAUUUCUCUAUUUGCAAAACAUGUUUAAGAAUAUUUUCAGAAAUAAAGAAGAGGUUUCAAAAUAUAUCCUAAAAUCAUCUGCUAUGUAAUAAAAUGGUAAUUUCCCUUUUCAGUUGUGCUUUACA